AUGAGCUCCCAGGUCCGACACAACUACCACCAGGAAAGCGAGGCCGGCGUCAACCGCACCGUCAACCUGCAGCUUCAGGCCUCCUACGUCUACCUGUCCCUGGGAUACUAUUUUGACCGAGAUGACGUGGCAUUGUCCAAGUUCUCAAAGUUCUUCCGCAAACAGUCUGAAGAGAAGCGUGAACACUCUGAGAAACUGCUGAAGUUCCAGAACAAGCGUGGAGGUCGUGUGGUCCUACAGGACGUGAAGAAGCCGGAAGCGGACGAGUGGGGACAUGGAACCCAGGCAAUGGAGUACGCGCUGAAGCUGGAGAAGACGCUCAACCAGGCUCUGUUGGACCUACACAAGGUCUCCACUGACCACUCUGACCCCCAUAUGUGCGACUUCCUGGAGAGCCAUUUCCUGGAGGAAGAGGUGAAGCUCAUCAAGAAGCUUGGCCACCACCUGACCAACCUGAGGCGUGUGAAGGCUGCAGAGGUGGGCAUGGGCGAGUACCUCUUCGACAGGCUGACUUUGGGUGAGGAGAGCGACUAG